AUGUCAGUAACCUGGUACCUUAUUUUAAUGGUGUCAUACGUACUGGUCAGAGGACAAAAUAGAAAAGAAACCUUGGAAGGCUUUAAAUGGUCACGAUGGGAAGAACGAACGAUCGAUUGCACGACACAAGAGAAAGAACCAGAUCAAUGCACGUUGAUAGCACGAAAUGCCAAAAUACCUCGAGAUCCUACUAAAUACAAGUGCCGCCGUGAGCAGAUGCCAGUCAAUAGCAGAAAUAUAUUAGCACAGAAUUCCACAAGACUAGCAUGCCCUAUUGGUUGUGAAUCCGACAAUAAGCUUUCUGUUUUGGUUAAAUCACCUCAGAAUAAUCAUCUAUGUCAAAAAUACUAUACAUACGGAAAAUAUCGCGACCAGAAAGAAGGUGAAUGGUACCUUUGGUUAACGGAACCAUGUCGAGCAAAUUUAACAACAUGGUGUCGUUUCAAGGAUAUUCCACUUUUCAACCCAAAAAUUCGACAUUAG